UUUUUUUUUUUUUUUUUUAUAUGCAUUUUGUUUUUUUUUUUUUUUACAAAAUUGACCCUCUUAAAAUAAAAUCUUAAUUGUUGCGAGUUUAUAUGUGCUUGGAAAAUGUGACAUGUUCCAAUUUAAGCUAUCAACAAUUAUUGUAUCUUUAUUUCCUUUUUUUUUUUUUUAAUUUGAAGGUAUUAUAAGGAAAAGAAUAGGGGAAGGAAGGCAGUGUUUGCAUCGCGCGAUACUCCUCAAGCGCCUCACACAUAUGCGUUACGCAGGCUAUGGAGAGUCCGUGUCUGUGUGUACCGCAUCCACGCUGCGAGACUCAUUGCACCUGAACGCGUGAGAAAGAGAGAGAAAGAUAGAUAGAAUUAACGUAUGCGAUUCUUCUCCCUUCUUAUAAAAUAAUACAUUUUCGUAAAUAUAAUAAUUGCAAUAUAAUAAUCACAUUAUUGUUGGUUACUAUAAUAUGCGUAGAAAUGUGCAACCAAACAAUGUAUACACAUAUCUAUGCAUAUCACUUUGGCAUACUAUGAACACACGUACACACGAUAAAAAUAAUGCACACGCAUACGUGCAUAUACAAUGCAUAUUCUUUGAAAUAAUAUUUGAUAAUGAUGAUUCUAAUAAGUAGAAAAAUAGUAUUGGUAAUAUAUCCAAUUGUUUAUAAUAAUAAUUAUGAUUAAUUAUUAAUAUUAAUUUUAGUAAAUGUAAUUAACAAUGAUAAUAAUACGAUUUAUCAUUAUUAAUAAAAAAAAAUCAUGAAUUAACAAUAAUUUGCAUAUUGUUAAUUAAUUAAUUACUGCAAAUUAUUAAUAAAAAUGAGUAAAGUAUAAUUGUUUUAUUUUAGUAUCUUUAUAUAAGGUAAAUACACUAUAUUAUAUUUUUCAUGCAUAUAUUUAUAAUAUUCAAGCUUGAAUAUUGGUAUUAGAUAAUUAAUAUAGUUUAUAAUAUAGCAUAAUAUAAUAUAGUAUAAAUCAUAAUAUAGAAUAAUAUAACAUAAGAUAGAAUAAAAUAAUAUAUUAUAAUAUAACAGUUUAACAAAGUUAUAUUAUAAUAUCAUAGUCAUAGAUACAUUUUUAGAAGCAACGAGAAUAUAAGACUGUGUGUGUGGAGUAUCACUCAACGCGCGCGAUUAUCGGGGAUUCAAAUUACAUGCCUAUAUACAUUGUGGCAUCGACUUGGAGAUUUUAUUCUUAAAUAAUUUUCAAUUAUUCUUGAAAAUUAUUUAUUAUCAUUUUAUUUAUCUUUUAUUUAUAAUUUCGUUACGAUAGUUCGUAACAAUCCACCGCGGAUUUUUCCGUUUUCGUCCCCGAAAACUCAUGGUCUCGACCACAGCAUUCCUUAUACUUUGUAUAUCGACAUAUAAUCUAAAUAUUGUGUCUACUUGGUGACUCUUCUAAGCACUGCUACAGUAUAGGACCCUGUAUCAACGUCUUUGUACUUAUUCAAAUCAGUUCAUUUCAUGAAGUGAUUUAGUUCAGUUGUGUGUAGUGAAGCAAAAUUUAAAAAUAUCUCCUCCCCUUUCUUUCUCAUUUUUAGCAUUUUGUUAUUUUAAAACCCCUUUUUAAAAACAGAAAAAAAAACUAUUAUUGUAAAAACUAUUCUUAUUUAAGAAUUUGAAAAAGUGUAGUGGAGGACAAUGGACAAUAACAUUGAUAACAGCACGGUGACUUUAGACAUAUAUGAUAUUACAGCAAAGGCGAAAGGAGGAUUUGUCUACACCAGAUGUCCUGAGACUGGUGACAAAUACCGCUUCACCAUUGAAGAGGAUGGGUGGCACUGGUACAGGGCUUAUGAUUACGAAAAUGGGUCCGAUGCCGAUGAUGAACUCGACGAAGUCGAAGCGGCGGUCAGAUGCAGUGCUGCAUUCCAUAGUCGUGGUCUUGAGCACAUCUUGCCCAUGACGUUGGAGGAGGCUGUAGGUAUUAGUUUGCCUGAAGUGUGUAGUCUCCCAAAUAUUGAAAACUUGACCAUGAUAGUCGAAAAUGAAGAACGUGGUGUGUCGGAAUUAAUUCCGACAUCGCCUGACGUAAGUGACGUAGCGUCAUUAGAUAUUGAAGGGGUUGCGGAAGAUGAGAUACAAGAGGCAGAAGGGAUGCUGGAUAUAAAUUCCACAUUUCCCGGGUUUGAUGACCUGCCGUCACAAAAUUCAAUGGAAUUUUCAGAUGGUCAGGGUCAACAAGCAGCAGGAAUGUGCGAAGAGAAUGUCACGUCUCCAGACAUUAGUGACAUAGAGUCACAAAAUUCUAGUGAAGGUCAAGUAGCAGGUGCUUGUGCCCUUGAUGUGGUCUCUUCAGAAGUUGGAUUGACGGAGGAUGAGGGUGAGCUAAGCAUUUCUCAUUGUUUAUCUAUUAUUAUUUAUUUGAUGUUUUUAACAUUUUGUUUACUUAUAGAUUGGGUGCCAUCGGGACGCCACUAUGUGCAACCUGCACAUGCCUAUACCGAGACGGUAUUGGGCAUACGUUUAAAAUUAAAAAUAAAAGGGGAGGAUGGGGCUACGGUGGAACACCGAUGGAUCUACCAGGGGGAGUCAGAUGGACCUCCUCCGUACUGGUGUGGUGGGCCUAGUAAUCCCGAAGAUGAACUCUUAUGCGUAACGCUUAAGUUGCGCGUCACUGAGUACGGAGUUACUAGAACCGAAUUUCGGGUGGUGUACGGAGUGGAUGAUUAAACCUUUUUUAUAACCCCUUUUUUUUUUAGUAUGUUACGUCAUAUAUAUGUAUCUUUCCCCUUUUUUUUUUUUUUUAAAAAAAAAAUUUUUUUUUUUUUUUUUUUUUUAUUUUUAGGGGUUAUAUUUUUUUAAAAUAUAGUAUAAUUAUCCCAAGCUAAUCUAAAAAAAAAAUCUCCACGAGGAAACUAAAUCCUCACAAAAAGUACAUUUUGGCAGCGAUUCACUUAUAAUAUACAUACAUACACAUAUAUACAUAUACAUACAUAUAUGAAAAUGUUUAAUUUAGCUUGUAGAAAAAUUUUUAUUUGAAAAAUAUAUUCUUUUAUACUUAAACUGAUUUUUUUUUUUAAUUAUUAUUAUUUAAUUUUUAAAAAGAUUUAAAUUUUCCAUCUUCAUCUCCAUUUUAAAUAAAACUUCACUUCUUUAUACUGAGAUUAAAAUUUAACUUAGGGAACGACUGUAGCAGCAAUUAGAGUGAGUAUAUAAAAAAUCGUUCUUAUAUAUAUAUAAAAUUUUUUUUCUUUUACUUGUUUUAACCAUAGUUAUUUUUGUAGAAUUUCAUCGCAUGUAGUCAACAUCGUUGCACUGAUCACAAUUUUUUUUUUUUUU